AUGGCUGCUAAGAAUAGUGCAAAUGAGGAAAUCAUUACAAUAAUAACAGAUAACUCAAAAACACUACCUGAAAUUGAUUAUGAUUUUAUUGAUACAUUGCCUCCACAAAGAAAAAUAGAGGGAAAUGACAAAAAUGAUAUUGAGAUAGAUGAACACAAUGAGAAGAAAAAACAAAAACCUAAACAAAAGAUUAAAUUAUCUCAACUAUUUCGCUUUGCUACUUUCACCGAUAAACUUUUAAUGAUAUUGGGAAGUGUGGGUGCAAUGGGAAAUGGAGCAUCUUAUCCCUUAAUGACAAUUUUAUUCUCGGGGAUCAUUCAGGCAUAUCUCGAUUUUACCGCACAAAUACUGAAAGAUCCGUCCAGUGCAAAAAAUGCGAGAGAUGCUUUAAACGAUGAUCUUCGAAAAAAUUUAAUUUAUUUAUUGGCACUUGCACUUGGUGCUUUUCUACUUGGCUAUAUUCAGCUGGCAUUUUGGGGGCUCGCUGGUGAACGACAAGCAAAGACUAUUCGUCAAUUAUAUUUUGCGGCAGUUUUACGACAAGAUAUUGCAUGGUUUGAUUCGGUUGCUACGGGAGAGAUCGUUUCACGUAUUUCCAGUGACGUUGAAAUAAUUCAAGGCGGAAUUUCAGAGAAAUUAGCAGGAAUCAUUCAAGGUGUGACCACAUUUUUUGUGGCAUUUAUAAUCGCAUUUGUCCAAGGCUGGAAACUUGCAUUAGUCUUAUGCUGUAUUAUACCAUUGCUUACUGCUUCUGGAGCCUUUAUAGGAAAAUCAGUAUCUUCUUUUACUACUCGUGGACAAGAUGCUUAUGCCAGCGCUGGCACGAUAGCUGAACAGGUGCUUUCUGGUAUUAAAACAGUCACUGCAUUCGGUGGUCAAGAACGUGAAGCUGCACGUUAUAAAAAAAAACUUGACGUUGCUUAUGAACUAGGAAAGAAACAAAGUAUCAUACAAGGUGUCGGAAUCGGCACAAUAAUGUUCAUCUUAUUUUCGACAUAUGGGUUGGCGUUUUUUUAUGGGGCAAAACUUGUUGUUAAUAAAGAAAUGCAAAGUGGACAAGUUGUUAAUGUAUUCUUUGCGAUAAUUAUUGGUGCAUUCUGGCUAGGAAAUAUUGCGCCAAAUUUAGGUAGUCUCAGUUCAGCGUUAGGUGCGACGGUAAAAUUAUAUGCUGUUAUUGACCGCGUACCUGUUAUUGACGUAACCUCUGACGCUGGCCAAAAACUUGAUAAGUCCUCAGUAAAAGGACGAAUCGAAUUCAAAAAUGUAAAUUUCCAUUAUCCGUCACGCCCAAACGUGCCAGUUCUUAAGGAUUUCAAUUUGACCAUUGAACCUGGUCAAACUGUUGCUCUGGUUGGCAGUUCUGGCAGUGGAAAAUCGACUGUCGUUAGUCUACUUGAACGUUUUUAUGAUCCCGUUAGUGGACAGAUUCUUUUGGAUGGAGAAGAUAUUCAGAAUAUCAAUAUUAAAUCACUUCGUACACAAGUUGGUUUCGUCGGUCAAGAACCUGUUCUUUUUCCUGCAAACGUAAAAGAAAAUGUUCAAUGGGGUGGUGCGAUUGAUGAACAAACACCGACUUUGGAAGAUGUUAUCGAGGCGUGUAAGAACGCCAAUGUCUAUGAGUUUAUUAAAAAAUUACCAGAUAAAUUUGAUACAUUAGUUGGUGAAAAAGGCGCUUUAAUGUCUGGGGGUCAAAAACAAAAAAUCGCAAUUGCACGUGCUCUAAUAAAAAAUCCGUCAAUUCUUCUCCUUGACGAAGCCACUUCAGCUUUAGAUACAAAAUCGGAAGCCUCCGUACAAGAAGCGUUGGAUGCUGCGGCAAAAAAUCGAACCACAAUAAUUAUUGCUCAUCGAUUGUCUACCGUGAAAAAUGCCGAUAAAAUUGCCGUCAUGUCAAAAGGAGAAAUUGUUGAAAUAGGAACUCAUGAAGAACUAAUUGCGCGGCAAGCUGUCUAUUACGGUUUAGUCAAAGCUCAAGAAUUAAAAGUUCAAAAAGAUAAAAAAGCUUCUUCAACUUAUUCAAUGGAAGAAAUCAAAGCUGAAAAGGAGGAACAAGAUUUUAGCAAAUUACCAACACCAUGGUUUCGAAUUGUUAAAUUGAUUCGAUCUGAAAUUUGGUUUAUUCUUAUGGGCUCUCUUGGAGCAGCUAUAAUGGGCGCUGUCUUUCCGUUGUACUCUUUAAUUUAUUCGAAUAUUUUGGAAGUUUUCUCGAAACCUGAUCCGAACGAGAUAAUACGUGAAGCAAAUUUUUGGGCUGGAAUGUUUGUAGUACUUGCUGCUGUCGCAUUUAUGAUUACUUUGCAUUCUUCAGCGAUUACGGGAUGCAGGCUUACUGCAAAAAUAAGAGACAUGACAUUCCGAGCACUUUUAAGACAAGAAAUGGCAUUUUUCGAUGAUGAAAGAAACGCAACGGGGGUUUUAACUUCAAAAUUGGCAACUGAAGCUACACAAAUUCAAGAAUUAGUCAAAACUUGUGGAACAGUUGUGCAAACAACAAGCGCUUUGACUGCGGGAUUGCUGAUUGCUUUUAUUAAUGGAUGGAAAUUGACAUUGGUCGUAUGUGCAGUAUCACCUUUAAUGGUGAUUUCUACUGGCUAUGCUAUGAGAAUUCGCGCAGGUGUCGCGUCAAAGAAUGUCAAAGCUUACGAAGAUUCCUGUAAAAUUGUCCAACAAAGCGUUUCGAAUAUGCGAACAAUUGCGGCAUUGAAUCGCGAGGAAACAUUCAAAACAAAAUACAAAGAUUCUAUUGUCGAACCGCAUAGAACGGUUACUCGUAGUACAUUAAUCGUUGCCAUCGGAUUUGGUGCGUCUCAGGCUUUUCGAUUUGGUGUCUGGGCUUUGGCAUUUUGGUACGGUGGAAAACUGUUAGGCGAUCAAGAAUAUGGUUUGAAUCAAACGCUUAGUGUGUUGUUUGCCGUUGUGUUUACCGCUCAAAAUCUUGGACAAAUAAAUACGUACACCCCUAAUACAGCUAAUGCGAAAAUUGCUGUAAUAUCCGUUUUCAAAUUGCUUGAGAGAAAAUCAUCAAUUGAUCCAACCGAAAUUGAAGGAAAAAUACGACCGGUACCGGUAACUGGUGAAUGUAAUAUGUCUAAAGUCGAAUUCAGAUAUCCAGCACGACAAAAUGUCAAAAUUCUAAGAGGUCUUGAUGCUGAAAUUCUCGCUGGAAAGAAUGUUGCAUUAGUCGGUCCAUCCGGUUGUGGUAAAUCUACUAUUGUCUCUUUGUUCCUUCGAUAUUAUGACGCUGACUCUGGCACUGUAAAUGCUGAGCGUACAAAUGUCAAGGAUUGGAAUCUCGAAUAUUUGAGAUCAAACAUGGCGUUAGUUGGUCAAGAACCGGUUCUUUUUGAUAUAACUAUUGGCGAGAAUAUUGCGUAUGGAAAAGAAGGAUGUUCACAGGAAGAGAUUAUUGAAUCGGCAAAACGAGCAAAUAUUCAUAAUUUCGUUAUGAGUUUACCAUCAGGAUAUGAUACGCCUGUUGGUGAAAAAGGACUUCAAUUGAGCGGUGGUCAGAAGCAGCGCGUCGCAAUAGCACGAGCAUUAAUUCGAAAUCCGAAACUAUUAUUAUUAGAUGAAGCAACAUCAGCACUCGACUCCGAAUCUGAAAAAGUUGUACAAGACGCUCUAGAUCGUGCCUCAACCGGUCGCACUACUAUAACAAUAGCGCAUCGUUUAUCGACGAUACAAAAUUGUGAUUGCAUUUUAGUGUUUAGAGAAGGGAAAAUAGAAGAAUCAGGGAAACAUAUGGAUUUGAUUGCUCAUCGUGGACUUUAUUAUGAUUUAGUCACACGUCAGACAUUAACGAAAGGAAACGAGGAUAUUUAA